GCAGGGGGAGAGGAGCCGGGCGAGGAGGAGGAGGAGGAGGAGGAGGGAAGGAGGGAGAGAGAGGAGGGGGAGGGAAAAAAAAAUAAUAAUAAAAGCAACGGCAACACAAAAAGCGAGCCCGGGGCGCCGGCAGUAACAGCCCCCCCCUCCCAGCCCCCCCAUUAACGCCGGGGCUAGAUGAACUACAAAUGAGAAAGAGGAAAAGAUGGAACUGCACAUCCUAGAGCACAGGCUCCGGGUGGCCAGCAUAGCCAAGGAGAGCAUCCAGCUCUUCACCUACGGAUUGAUCAAACUUGCCUUCCUCUCCUCCAAGACCAGGUGCAAGUUCUUCAGCCUCACGGAAACCCCAGAGGACUACACCAUCAUCGUGGAUGAAGAGGGCUUCCUAGAGCUCCCGUCCUCAGAACACUUGAGCGUGGCCGAUGCGACAUGGCUUGCCCUCAACGUGGUGUCUGGUGGAGGUGGCUUCUCUGGCUCCCAGCCCAUCGGUGUGACCAAAAUUGCCAAGUCAGUAAUAGCACCACUAGCUGACCAAAACAUCUCAGUGUUCAUGCUCUCCACCUAUCAGACGGACUUCAUCCUGGUACGUGAGCGAGACCUGCCCUUCGUCAUGCACACGCUGGCUGCUGAGUUCACCAUCCUCAGAGUAGUGAACGGGGAGACGGUGGCUGCCGAUGACCUUGGGAUAACAAAUGGAUUUGUCAAACCAAAACUGGUUCAGAGGCCUGUCAUUCAUCCCCUUUCCAGUCCGAGUAAUAUGUUCUGCGUCACCAGCCUGGAUCCAGAUACCCUUCCCACUGUUGCUACACUCCUAAUGGAUGUCAUGUUUUACUCCAAUGGAGUAAAAGACUCGGUGGUCGGCAACGAAGACUCGGGACACAUUCGCUUUUUCUCCUUUUCUCUCAUUGAGGGUUACAUCUCCUUGGUCAUGGAUGUCCAGACACAGCAGAGAUUUCCUAAUAAUUUGUUGUUUACAAGUGCAUCUGGCGAACUCUGGAAGAUGGUGCGGAUUGGUGGGCAGCCUCUUGGCUUCGAUGAAUGUGGAAUUGUCGCUCAGAUUUCUGAGCCUUUGGCCGCGGCCGACAUCCCAGCCUACUACAUCAGUACUUUUAAGUUUGAUCACGCGUUGGUACCUGAAGAAAAUAUAAACGGUGUGGUCAAUGCACUCCAAGUCAGUCAAGCUGAAAAGCAUUAGAAAUCUUCUGAGCUGGUUCCAGAUGCUUUUUAUUAUAAUUAUUAUUAUUAUUAUUAUUAUUCUUUUUUUCUCACAGUAUUUCUCGAAAAAAAUCUGAUUCCAGAGAGUGACAUGAAAAGAGACUGUGGAAAGCUGAGCAGAAACAGCUCCAAUAAGCCUUUGUUUUAAUUAUUAUUAUUAUUAUUAUUAUUGUUAUUUUAUUAAAUUUCUUUAUGAAUGAGGGGCAGGAGGAAAGGGAGUGCAGACAGUUUCCUGAGGCCCAGCCCCAAGGCAAAGGCAAAGGGCGACCUUUGGCGGUGUGGAAGGAGCGCCCCGGGGACACCGGUGUCUCCCUGAAAUGUGGCGGCACGGCUGCGGGCGCUCUGCCGAGGGCUUGGUGGCACGGCCAGAGCAGAGGGGCCAUAAACACUACGAAAUGUGGAAUUAAACGGAAAAGACGUCGCA